AUGGCAUCUUUAUCUGUUUCUUCUUCUAACCUUAAUAUUAAUGAACUAACUUCUUUCUCGGAAGCUGAAACAUCUGAUCCUACAAAUUCAAUUGGUCACAAAAAACAUAAAAAUAAUUUGAGUAAAA